AUGUCUAAAAUCUCUUCUUUUUGUUUUCUUGUCAAACAAUCAAACGAAGCACCAAAAGAAAAGUUGAAGACAAUCUUCUGUUCUGUAAGAAGGAAAAAAAAAACAACUUCUGUCGGAAUCAUUCGCCGGAAAUCUACAAUGGGGACUGUUGUCAAGUCUUUCAAGGAACAAUUCUCCGCUGAUGAGCGAUUGAAAGAGUCGAGGAACAUCACUGCAAAAUAUCCAGAUAGAGUUCCGGUGAUCAUUGAGAAAUAUUCAAACGCAGACCUCCCUGACAUGGAGAAGAACAAAUACUUGGUCCCACGAGACAUGACUAUUGGACAUUUCAUUCACAUGCUAAGCGACAGGCUACAUUUAGAUCCAUCUAAAUCUCUCUUUGUUUUUGUACAGAACACACUUCCUCAAACGGCUAGUUGCAUGGAUUCUUUGUACAAUACUUUCAAGGAAGGAGAUGGUUUCUUGUACAUGACUUACAGCACCGAGAAAACAUUCGGCUAACCAGAAAGAUCAUUCGUUGCUUAAUAUUUGAAAAGCUCAUUCUGAAUCAUCCAUUUGAUUCCUAUGUUUGUGAUCAAUAAAUGAAUGUUAGCUAUUGUUGUUGUUAAUAAGCUAACCUUUGUACAGAAAAGCUAAAAACAAUUCGACUUUGUAAAUCAUGCUGCAGUUGCACACAAGUCAAUAAUGAAAAUAAAGUGAUGAUAUG